AUGGCGACUCACAGAUUCGACCCCACCUUCACGGACAAUGUCAUCAACGCUAUGGGUCCUAAGACCUCGCCGCGUCUGCGCCAGCUCAUGACAGGCUUGAUCCGCCAUGUGCACGACUUUGCGCGCGAGAACGAGCUCACCGUCGACGAGUGGAUGCAAGGUGUCCAGCUGCUCAAUUGGGCCGGCCGGAUGAGCGACGAUAGGCGCAAUGAGGGGCAACUGGUGUGCGAUGUGAUUGGACUCGAAUCCCUCGUGGACGAAAUCACCUUCAAGCUUGCCGAAGAAGCCAAGGACGCGCCCACCGCAACCGCUAUCUUGGGUCCCUUCUUCCGCGCUGAUACGCCCUACCGCGACAACGGCGCUGAUAUCGUCGUGACCAAGCCCAAGGAUGGCGAGAUGGUCUUCAUGCACGGCCGUGUCAUGGACUUUGUGACCAAGGCGCCGCUGGUGGGCGCGUCGGUGGAGGUGUGGCAGGCGUCGACAAACGGCCUGUACGAGCAACAGGAUCCCGAGCAGGUUGAGUUCAACCUACGCGGCAAAUUCAAGACAGAUGCCGAUGGUCGGUACUACUUUUACUGCUUGCGGCCUACGCCGUAUCCUGUUCCCGAUGAUGGUCCUGCCGGCAAGAUGCUCCAGCUUAUGGACCGUCACCCCUUCCGCCCUGCUCAUAUCCACAUUAUUGUUACUCGGGACGGCUACCGCCCUUUGACUACCCAAAUCUUCGACAGCAAGGACAAGUAUCUGACCAAUGACUCUGUGUUUGCUGUCAAGGACUCCCUAAUUGUGGACUUUGUUGAACGAAAGGGUGACCCUCAAGCUGGACUUGAGCUUAAGUAUGAUGUGAAGUUGGUGGGUGAUACCCCCAAGGCCGAGGCGAUUAAGGAGGCAUCCGCCUGA